AUGGACAAUAGUGGCCACCACACGGCGACCAAAAUCUUAGCGACUCCUCCGUCCAGAGAAAGCCUGUCUGCCAGGAGCAACAUGAUCAGCACGCCCAAGCCACUCGCCUUCUCCAUUGAGCGCAUCAUGGCGCGGACUCCAGAGCCCCGCUCCAUCCCCGUCCCGCAGCUCCUCCAUGGCUCCGUGGCCAAAGGCGACCCCAAGCAUCCGCUGCACCUCAACUCCUCCAUUCCCUGCAUGAUCCCCUUUGUCCCGGUGGCGUACGACACCCUGCCCAAAGCGGCGGUGGCUGGAGCGGAACCCAGGAAGGCUCACUUAGAUUCCUCUUCCUCGCCCUCCUUUAGCUGCGGCGAUCUCUUGAACUGUGCCCUGAGCUUGAAAGGAGAUUUCCCCCGCGAUGCCCUGCCCUUGCAGCAGUACAAACUGCCCAAGGCUUACCUGGCGGAGCGGAACAAGCUGGUGCUACCGACCGUGGACAAGUACCCAGCGGGGGUGGCCUUCAAGGAUUUAUCGCAGGCUCAGUUGCAGCACUACAUGAAAGAAAGUGCUCAGAUACUCUCGGAAAAAAUCGCCUAUAAGACGUCGGAGUUCAGCCGCGGCUCCCCGAGCAGCAAGCCCAAAGUUUUCACGUGUGAAGUUUGUGGAAAGGUAUUUAAUGCACAUUAUAACUUAACGCGCCAUAUGCCGGUGCACACGGGAGCCAGACCCUUUGUUUGCAAAGUUUGCGGGAAGGGCUUCAGACAGGCGAGCACGCUCUGCCGGCACAAGAUCAUCCACACCCAGGAAAAGCCACACAAGUGCAACCAGUGCGGCAAAGCUUUUAACCGGAGCUCGACUCUGAACACGCACACGCGAAUACACGCCGGCUAUAAACCGUUUGUCUGUGAAUUCUGUGGCAAAGGAUUUCACCAGAAAGGCAAUUACAAAAACCACAAGCUGACGCACAGCGGGGAAAAGCAGUUCAAGUGCAAUAUCUGCAACAAGGCUUUUCACCAGGUGUACAAUCUGACCUUCCACAUGCACACCCACAACGACAAGAAGCCCUUCACCUGCCCCACCUGCGGCAAAGGCUUCUGCAGGAACUUUGACCUCAAGAAGCACGUCCGUAAGCUGCAUGACAGCGCCCUGGGACUGCCCCGGGCCCCCGCCGAGCUGGGGGGGCCCGAGCCACCGCCCCCACCCGGGGCGCUGCUGCAGGGCCCGCCGCCGCUCCAGCCGUGA